AUGGAUUCAUACAUGAAUUAUCAGCUUGAUCGGAAUACCAUCCGACAAACUGGCGGUGUAAUCAUCGGGUCCACUAGGUUGGCCAACACAACCGAUGCUGAUACUAGAAUCAUAUACCGCGAGCAGCGACGAGGGUAUGAUCUGCAUAUACAUCUGAAAACUCAGCCCCCAAAUGUGAGUAUCACCUCAACCGCAGGAUCCAGGAUUCGAGACCGUCUGCGGCAAAUUCAAAAUAAUGCCGUCUCAAAGGACGAGAUAAGGGGUUCUUCUAUGCCCAACGCUUCAAGUUAUUGUUUUUCUAUGAUUAAGCGACGGAAAAGAAGAAAUAAAGAUCAAGGUAGCCACAAUAAAAUGACAAGAAGACGAAGCAUUUCCGCCCGUACGGCAAGGCGGAGUACAAUUGCCGUUCUUAAAUUCAAGUAUUUGAAGGGCAACCGAUCAGGAUCGCGAGGAACCUUGUUACAUAGCAUAGCAGAGUUCAGACCUGACAUGAGGCAAAGCGCGUUGAAGGAUGAGAAGGAGAGCUUACCUCGCAAAAUAUUACAUACGAACCGCACUAAGCUUUUUCAGGCAAAAGCUCAGCACGUGGUCGGCACUUACGACGAGACCUCUGUACCUCCCCCAAUCCCAAAGCAUUAUCAUAGAAAUGGGGAUAGAGUAGAGACCUCCGAAGAAGCGAGCGUGAACGAGAAGGACACAUUCGUAACACAACAACUACGGAAAGCCACCCUGGUGCGAAUCCAAGCAGUCGAAAACGACAAGGCACGAUACGAGGGUGCUCAGAUGUAUGCAGCCGAAAAUAUUCCAACAUCUAAACUUAGAUUCGGACAGCUUAAACCUCCACCUCCCUCAUCAGAACGCAGCAGAACCGCUUCUCCUUUCCCAUAA